GUAAAACUCAGAGUUGUGUUGCCUGCACUGUUUGCUGAAGCUACACAAUCACAUGACUUCUUGGUCCAGUAUAAUCAUGUGCAGUUGUUGAAUCUUAACUACUAUAUAUAUCUUUUCUCACUCUCCCCCUAACAAAAAUAAUUGUAGUACAGCAAGACAUGACUAAUAGCUCAUUAUCUAAACAGUGCACAUUUAUGUUUUGUCCAGCACCACAUGUGGCCCAGUCAUCACUUUGGUGUGAAUAUGUCACAUCCAAUAAAUAUUUGUCUAGCUAGAGUUUCAUGCAAGUGUGAGUUCUGGGUUUGUGGGGGAGAUGCCGGCUACAGUGGUGGAUGACGACAUUCGAUGGAUGGUGUGAAUUAAAGAUGGGAAUUGCUCUGCCUCCUCCAGUUCAUCAGGACUGUAGGCCUUCCGCUUUAUCAUUUCCUUUUAUCAGUGCUCGCAUGUUUUUCUAGCAGCUUGAAAGGACACGGCUGUGGCGCUCUUGUACACCUGAGCCACAUGUGAACCUCAGCUCUGGCUCAUAGGUAGUAAAAACAAAGCUGAACUUACACUGAAAACCUAAAGGAAGCCUAAACAGCAAAGUCAUCAAGAAGUUGAUUAGCUAAGAACCUGACCUAUGAGCAUAAUUGAUCAAAAAAAAAACUGUUAUCAGUAAAUUAUUAUCAAUAUCCAUACCAAGGCUAUUCAGCACUCCUAGAAGAGUGAGAGUUUGGCAGGACAAGAGUAGGAUACAUAAUCCUGGGUGCACAUGGGCAGACUGACAGACCAUGGGGAAGAGAGGGAGAGGGAGAGGGAGAGAGGGAGGAGAAAACUGGAAAGCAGAGAAGGAAGUGCAUUAAAGUGGAGUGUGAGGCAGAGAGGGAAUGUAGUUGAGAAUAGAGGAGGAGGAGACUGAAAAAAGGGACAGGCACUUGUUAGGUCAUGUGUUGAAAAAAGAAGUAAGGGAGAGAUUUCUCUUAAAGCAUCUCAAAAGAGAAGCAGACGGUGUGCUGAAAGGAAAUAAAGAUAUCGCAGCUACCAAUGCUUCACUAGGCAUAAGCUCAGUUUUUGGGAGCUAGUCUGUAUUCAGUGUUGACCACCUACCAAACAGGCUGAAUGAGUAAGGAUAGUGCACCACAAGCUCUGAGCCUUGCACAUGCUGAGACCCAAACACAUACCUCGGCCAGCAGUACACACACAGGAGGACCAAUGCAGCUCCAAGCUUCUACAGACAAAGAGGAGAUGAAGAUGGACCCGGUGCAAAAGGCUGUGAUCAACCACACAUUUGGAGUUCCUCUGAUCAAGACCAAGCGACCAGUCAUCUCCUGUAACGUCUGCCAGAUCCGCUUCAACUCAGAGAGCCAGGCAGAAGCCCACUACAAAGGGAACCGCCAUGCCAGGAGAGUCAAAGGCAUCGAGACCUCUAAGAGUCGUCCUCAAGAAGGAGACAAACCUCACACCCUGCCCCCCACCUCCUCCCCAUCUCCGCCUGGAGCUCCUGGCACAGCCCCAGACAGUGAGCCCAGCAAAGCAGAUGAAACACGGCCUAUGUCACGGAUAAAUGGACCCUUACUGGCACCGGGGCCCCUUCCACCUCUUCAAACCCCACCUACCCCACCCAUGGACUCCCCUGUGCCAUCAGUGUGCCCUCUCAUUCCCACCCCUACUCCUCCACUGGUCCCCCCGACCUCUUCUUCCCCAGGCUGCGGGAGCAGCCUCACCAACUCAGAGCAGGUUGGAUCAGGAACCCCGGUUUCAGGAGCCGUUGGCAUUUCGGCUUCAAACAGCCCAUCCAACCCAGAGACUGAGGAGGACAAGGCCAAGAAGCUGUUGUACUGCGCACUGUGCAAGGUGGCUGUGAAUUCCUUGUCACAACUGGAGGCGCACAACAAAGGUACGAAACACAAAACUAUCCUGGAGGCACGGAGCGGGCUGGGCCCUAUAAAGGCAUAUCCACGCCUGGGCCCCAAGCCCAGUGGAGAGCAGGGAGGAGGGCCGGUGGACCCCAACACUCAGGAACGAACCUUCCACUGUGAGAUCUGCAAUGUGCGGGUCAACUCUGAACUGCAACUAAAACAGCACAUAUCAAGUCGAAGGCACCGGGAUGGUAUGGCGGGCAAGCCUAACCCUCUCCUCAGCCGACACAAGAAGCACAGGGGAGCUGAUCUAACGUCUUCUUUGACCUUCUCCAAGGAUCUCACCAAAGCUUUGGGUGCCGGGCUGUUGCCCAACCCUUUGGCGGUUGCGGCAGCAAUGGCCGCCGCAGCGUCCUCAAACCCACUGGCUCUCCGCGCGGCUGCUUCCGCACACCAUCCACCUCAUCACAUUUUGCAAGGCCCACCUCUCAGCCACGCAAUCCUGAGACCUGCCCCGGGGCCCAUCCGCACCACUCACGGGCCAAUCCUCUUCUCUCCUUACUGACACAUAACCAUCUGACUUCAGCCAGUCAGGAACAUCCACUCCAAAAGCACACUGUGAAGCUACAAACAUGAUCAACUAACAGCAAUUGAUAA